AUGUUGACGAGGGAGUUUAUUGAUGACAGCUUAUACAACAUGAACUACGGCUACUUCUCGAAACACGCGACGAUCUUCAGCCCGGGCGACCCGUUCUACUUCAACGAGAUCGAGGACGGACCGGCCUUCCACCGGAUGCUGGGCCAGCGGUACGAGGAGUUCGAGGACCGGCUGGACGCGGAGCACCCGGACGAGUCGCGACAGCUGUGGCACACGCCGACGGAGCUGUUCCGGCCGUACUACGGCGAGACGAUUGCGCGGUACCUGGUGUCGAACUACAAGCUGACGCUGUACCCGUACCACGACCUGAUCAUAUACGAGAUGGGGGCGGGCAACGGCACGCUGAUGAUGAACAUCCUGGACUACAUCCGCGACACCGACUACGAGGUGUACCAGCGGACCAAGUUCAAGAUCAUCGAGAUCUCGCCCGCGCUGGCCUCGCUGCAGAUGCAGAACCUGACGGCCUCGCUGGACGCCGCGGGCCAUCGCGACCACGUCGAGAUCGUCAACCGCUCCAUCUUCGACUGGGACACCUACGUCCACUCGCCCUGCUUCUUCCUCGCCCUCGAGGUGUUCGACAACUUCUCCCACGACGCCAUCCGGUUCGACACCCGCACCGGUCUGCCGCAGCAGGGCGGCGUGCUGAUCGACGCCGACGGCGAGUUCCACGAGUACUACAACAGCCAGCUGGACCCGGUGGCCAAGCGGUUCCUGCGCGUGCGGCAGGCGGCGGCGCGGAGGGCGACGGGCGCCCCGGCGGCAGAGAAGUACCGCUACACGCCGCCCGAGUACAUCCCCACGCGGCUGAUGCAGUUCUUCGACAUCCUGAACACGUACUUCCCGGCGCAUCGGCUGAUCGCCAGUGACUUCAGCUCGCUGCCGGAUGCGGUGCCAGGGACGAACGCGCCGGUGGUGCAGACGCGGUAUAAGCGGCGGACGGUGCCGGUGUCGACACCUUUUGUGUACCAAGGCUACUUCGACAUCUUCUUCCCGACGGACUUCAACAUGAUCGAGGACCUGUACCGGGCGAUCACGGGCAAGCUGACGCAGGUGGUCAGUCACGGCGACUUUAAACCACCCACAACUCCAUCCAACAUGACCAUCCCCCCCUGGAAACCAACCGUGUACAAAAAGCGCGCCGCCCAACUCGCCGCCAUCCCGCCCGCCUGGCACAUCCCGACCCCAGAAGACAACACCAACAACACAAACCCCCUCACCACCAUCCAAACCAGCCACCUCCUCACCCCCGACGAACACAAAUGGACCUCCACCUCAGACACGCCCACUCUACUGGCCAAGCUCGCCUCCCGCGAGAUCACCUCCGUGCAACUGACCACGGCCUUCUGCAAGCGCGCGGCCCUCGCGCAGCAGCUGACCAAGUGUCUGACGGAGAUCUUCUUUGAGAGGGCGCUGGCCAGGGCGAAGGAGUUGGAUGAGGUGCUGGAGAGGACCGGGGAGACGGUGGGUCCGUUGCAUGGGUUGCCGGUGUCGGUGAAGGAUCGGUUUGAUGUGGAGGGGUGGGAUACGAGUGUUGGCUGGGUAGGACUCUGUGGGAAACCGGCGACCAGCUCGGAUUCGAUUGUCACGUUGCUCGAGAAGAUGGGCGCCGUGUUGUAUGUGAAGACGAAUGUGCCGCAGUCUUUGAUGAUGUCCGACUCCUAUAACCACGUCUUCGGUCAAUCCGUCAACGCCUUCAACGCGCAGCUCAUCUCCGGUGGCAGUUCCGGGGGCGAAGGCGCCCUCGUCGGUACGGGGGGCAGCGUCCUCGGUAUAGGAACGGAUAUCGGUGGCUCGAUUCGCAUCCCUGCCAAUCUUCAGGGUCAACACCAACACUACCUCGUCCCCCCCGUCGCCGGCCCCAUGGCCCGCAGCCUCCCCACAAUCGAACACUUCAUGCAAUCCCUGCUGGACUCCGAGCCCUGGACCCUCGAUCCCACCUGUCUCCCCAUCCCCUGGCGCAGGGACCUCGCCGCGAAACCGGCCCGGAAACUCCGGCUGGGGAUCAUCUAUGAUGACGGGGUGGUGAAGCCCCAGCCGCCGAUCGCGAGGGCAAUGCGCGAGACGGCGCGCAAGUUGGUGGAUGCGGGGCAUGAGGUAAUCGAAUGGGACACAACCCUCCACACAACCGGCACCGCCCUCUGGACCAAAUCCAUCCUCGCCGACGGCGGCGCCCACUGUCGCCAUCUAUGUGAUAUCGUCGGCGAGCCACUGAUCGAGGGGAUGGUGGUGGGGGGCCCGGAUGAUGAGUUGACUAUUGCUGAGCGGGAGGAGCUCGAAAAAACCACCCAAACCUACCGAACCCAAUACCUCACCCAAUGGACGACCAGCCAAAUCGACGCGCUGAUCAUGCCCGUCACCCCCUGGGUGGGCUACACGCCCAAGACCUGGGUCAAGAGCCACCAGUGGCUCGGGUAUACCGCGCUGUGGAAUCUGCUGGAUUACGCGGCCGUCACGGUGCCGGUUACUUUUGCUGAUAGGGAUCUCGAUGGGGCGGGUGGGCAGGAGUGGGAGAGUUGGGUUGCUCAUGGGGCGGUUGUGAGGGGGGUGGCGGAUGGGUUUAAUUGGGGUCAAUAUGACGUCGAUCUGGUACAGGGGAUGCCGAUUACCGUGCAGAUUGUGGGGGGCAGGUUUGGGGAGGAGAAGGCGGUUGCGGUGGCGAGGGUGUUGGAUGAGUUGAAUGGAGUGAAUUAG